AGGUCCCACUACGACGUCGUUUGUGAUGUAACAAUAAAGCAAAAUCUCGUUGAAGAGAGAGUAGUAGAGUACAGAAAAACGCCUCCCGGGUUGUCCUUCUGAAACACAGCGAUGGCGGCGAGAAAUGCUCUGCUUCGAUACCUUAGAGUCAACGCCAAUCCAUCGCCUGCACUCCCUUCGAGCUCUGUACUUCUUCGUCGUUUCUCGGAGGAAGUAAGAGGAUCGUUUCUAGACAAAUCUGACGUGACAGAUCGCGUUAUCUCUGUCGUCAAAAACUUUCAAAGAGUCGAUCCCUCAAAGGUAACACCAAAAGCCCAUUUUAUUAACGAUCUCGGGUUAGACAGUUUGGACAAUGUGGAGGUUGUGAUGGCAUUGGAGGAAGAGUUUGGGUUUGAGAUCCCUGAUAAUGAUGCUGACAAGAUCCAGUCCGUUGAUCUUGCUGUUGACUUUAUCGCUUCUCAUCCUCAGGCUACGUAAGAAGAGAUUCAAAACUCUUUCAAUGUCAUGCAUCAUGCCUCCAGCUGUGUCUACAGAUUUUGAUUAGCCUUAAUAAGAACAGAAACAAACAUGUUUUUUUUUUUUGCUUUCAUAAGUAUCUGAUGUGUUCCUCCUGCAUGAUUUUACGAGAUCUUUCAAGAAACUUUGUUUUUCUUGAUAUUCUUAUCAAAUAUAAUUCAUCAGACACUCGUUCCA